UUGAUAUAUACAUUCUGAUCUCUAAACAUGGCUGGAGACAGUGAGAAAAAUCUUGCAAAACCCGCUGGCAUUCCUGAGGCUGUAUUCGUUGAAGAUGUAGACAGUUUUAUGCAGAAACCCCAGAAUGAGUCUGCUGAGAUUGUGUUGAAGAGAUUAGAAGAACAGCAUCAAAAGUAUAAAUUCAUGGAAAUGAAUUUAUUGCAGAAAAAGAGAAGAUUAAAGGGCCAGAUUCCUGAUAUUAGAACAACUUUAGACAUUGUCAAACAUUUACAAAGUAAACAGGGUUCUGAAGAUGAGUUAAAGACACAGUUUCUUUUAUCAGACCAAGUGUAUGCCAAGGCUACUAUUCUACCUACCAAGAAAGUUUGUCUGUGGCUAGGGGCUAAUGUGAUGCUGGAGUAUGAACUGUCUGAUGCCGAGGCUCUCCUCUCCAAGAACCUGAAAGCAGCAACAGAGAGCCAGACUCAGGUUGACAAGGACCUGGACUUUCUCAGGGACCAGUACACCACCACUGAAGUCAACAUGGCACGUGUCUUUAACUGGGAUGUGAAACGGCGGCAGGCAGCAGCGGGGAAAGGAUCGUCAUAGCAAGAGGACUGAAUCCGCAUCAGCAAUAUUAUUCCUUUCAUCGCAUGAGAGUAGCCGUUUUUUUUUUAAUAGAAGUGGAUGUAUCGUACAAGUUGCAGAUUUGAAUCAAAUAAAAAGGACUGAAAGAACUAGUAUAUAUGUAUUUCAUUGAAACAAUGACUCACAAGAAUUUCAUGCAUUGUCAGUCAACAGGAGGAUUUAAUUUGACCCUUUAAUUAUCGGUCUUCGUUAUUUUUAAUGGUAUCCAACUGAAAGCAAGGAUUAGUUCACCUAUGACAAGUAGCCAAGUACAGGUAUUAUUUCUAGUAGACCAUUUCAUUAAAUUUGUCGGCACAGAGAAGUUGCCAAAAUAAUUGUCCAACAUCGGAGCUUUUCAGCCAAUCAAGCAAAGGGAAGUUAUCAGAUCUGGGGCCCGUUGCAGAAAGGGUUGCGUUGAUAAAACGCAAGCCAAAAAAUCAAUCGCAAGUCCCAAAUGCACGCUGUUGAUUGGUUGAAAAUCAAGUUACACGUGAAUUUUAGAGUUGCGCGUGAAUUUUAGAGUUGCGAUUGAUUGCAACUCUUUCUGCAAAGGGACCCUGACAACUUGUCUGAUGUCAAGUACCUCCCACUAUGAUUAAGUUGCUAGGUCCAUCAUAUUUGUCUGACCCAGCAACUUGUCAUGAAACUUUCAUUGUCAUUGGACAAAAAUGAUAUUAUAGGUAUCCUGUAUUCCAAGCACUUUAAACCUACACCAUGCUGUGCAAAUGACUGCAACUGAAUUUAAUUCUUAAAAAUUCAAUCGUAUUUGGACAAGAACCAGAAUGGUCAACCAGAGAGAGAGAGCAAGCCAAAUCGUAUACCGUUCCCAGGCCAGCUAUGAUCGGUGGCACUGCGAUUCUCUGCCUUUUUGCCUUGUCUAGAACCUGAUAGGCUAUAUUGUAAUGUGCAAUCUCGAUAUACCUAUUCAUACAGUAAUUUACAGUAAGUCGAACAAAUUUACCUCGUGAAUAUUUAGAAUCAUCACAUUUUUCUUUUUAAAAUUCAUUUGCAGUCAGUUCCAUAGUGAGGUGGGCUUUACUAGGACUGGUGAAAUUAACUAUUAAAUGGUUUAUUCAUAUCUCAUAGCAAUCCUUUUGAAUAUUAGUCAAACACAUUUCAAAAAUUUCUUUGAUAUUGGUACCUUUGCUUCUUUUAGUUGGUGUACUACAUCCAAUAAAAUAAAAGAAUUUGUGGGGAGAUUUGUUGUUGGCACUGAUUAACUAAAACGCCAUCUUAAAAUGUAUUUUAUGAUUCUAUGCGCUGUGAGGCAACAGACAGUUUGUUACUUGCAUUCUAAUCUUGAUGCUUCAAGCUAAAAAGCUAAAUUCACAUGAACCUCCCAACGUGUGAUGAGUUAAAAAAAAUCAAAACAUUUGUAUGUUUUUGCUUCCUGUCUGU